AUGUCCGACCUUUCGGGCAAGGUCAUAUUGAGACCAGGCAAGAUCUAUCUGGCAGCUCGAGACAUCUCCAAAGGAUCCUGGGCUUCGGACUUGAUCAAGAAACACGUACCGGAAGCACCAGUAACGGUUCUCGAGUGCGACCUGAGCUCCCUCAGCUCAGUCCGAAAUGCAGCGAGAAAGGUGGCAUCAGAGUCCAGUCGCCUCGACAUUUUGAUGUGCAACGCUGGAGUCGUCGCAUGUCCCAAGGGACUGAGUGAAGAUGGAUACGAGAUCCAAUUCGCAACGAAUCAUCUCGGACAUGCUCUGCUCAUAAAGUUGCUCUUACAGAUGCUUCGCAAAACCGCAAAACUCCAUGGCAAUGCGCGAAUUGUCAGUUUGACAUCUCCAGGCUUCGGUUUCUCGCCCAAAGGCGGCAUCCAGUUCAACUCUCUGCACUCAGAACAAGACCUGGGUUUCGGUGGUCCACCAAAGCGCUACGGCCAAAGCAAACUGGCAAAUAUUCUUUACGCAGAUGAGUUGUCGCGACGCAAUCCUCAGCUCACGUGUGUGUCCAUCGAUCCAGGAGCUGCUAAAACAGAGUUGUUCACGAACCAAGGCUGGCUCAUGAAGACAUUUAUCACCAUCACGACGUGGAUGCGCGGAGAAAUGAUGUGGUCAGCGGAGGAAGGCGCGUACAAUCAACUCUGGGCCGCGACCGCUGACAUUCCAAUCAAUGGCGCGCUGUAUAAACCGAUUGGGAAGCACUUCGAACCAACAGGGCAUUUGAAGGAUGCUGAAUUGCGACAAAUGUUGUGGGACUGGACGGAGGGCGAGCUCAAAGCGUACGCGUUGUAA